CCCACUUCACGUGUUGCUGACUUGCUGUAGAACUCAGUUUUCCAGAGGUUUUUCGAUCUUUCACUUUUGAACCACUUUAGAAUUUAGCUAUGAAUGUUGGAGGAGGUCUAGGGCAAGGUGGCGGCGGCGGUGGUUUGGGUACUAAUCGAUUUCAGUUCCCAGUUUCUCAACCAGGAGGGGGUUUAGGCGCCGGAUUAAGAGGAAUAGGUCAGACACCUUUGCAGAUGGGACAGGGUCAGACUGGUUUAACUGGUUUGACUGGAUUGAAUCGUCCACAACUCGGCCAACCUCAGAUCAGACCAACUGGCCAGAUGGGUCUGACAGGCCAACAUCAACUUGGACAAACUGGCUUGACUGGCCUUACAAGUCAGCCUCAGACUGGCCUUACUGGUUUGACUGGCUUGACAAGCCAACCUCAAGCUGGUCUUACUGGUUUGACUGGUUUAACAACCCAACCUCAAACUGGUCUUACUGGUUUAACAAGCCAGCCCCAGACUGGCCUUACAGGCUUGACUGGGCAUACAAGCCAACCUCAAACUGGCCUUACAGGUUUGGCGGGAUUAACAAGUCAACCUCAAACUGGCAUUACAGAUUUGGCAGGAUUAACUAGCCAACCUCAAACUGGCCUUACUGGUUUGGCGGGAUUAACUAGCCAGCCUCAAACUGGCCUUACUGGUUUGGCGGGAUUAAAAAGCCAACCUCAAACUGGCCCUACUGGUUUGAUGGGAUUAACUAGCCAGUCCCAAACUGGUUUAACAAACCAACCUCAAACUGGCCUUACUGGUCUUACAAGUCAGCCACAAGUAGGCCUAACUGGUCUAACUGGUUUGCAAGGAGGGUUGCCACAAGCCAGACCUGGACUGACUGGCUUACAGACUGGUCCUACCAGCAGUGGCUUAACCGGAUUACAGCAAAUGAAACCAACUGGAAUAUCUCAUCCUACAACUGGUUUGGCUGGUCUUACGUCCCAGCCAUCAACAGGUUUGACUGGCUUGACCUCUCAACCCACAACCGGUAUAACAGGUUUGACAUCACGUCCUGCCACUGGCUUAACUGGACUAACUUCUCAGGCUACAGCAGGCCUAACGUCUCAGCCAGUAACUGGUUUAACUGCUACCUCUACACAAGCAAGGACGGGUCUCCCUACUGGCUUAACUGGUUUGACAAGUACUCAGCCCACAACUGGUUUGACUGGCUUAAUGAGUCAACCUAAAACUCAACCAACAAUUGGUCUCACACAGGCAGCAACUGGCCUUACUAGUGGCCUACCAUCAUAUGGUACUGCUACUGGCCUCACUGCCAAUCCACCAGUAACUACUUUAGCUGCUUCAAGUGCUGUCACUAGCACUGGCCCUACUACUGAGGCUCCUGUUAAGAAAUAUACUUAUAAGAAACUAGAAUCACUCAUUGAUCAGUGGAGCAGGGAUUUGCUCAAUCAAGAGCGCAUUUUCAUGCAGCAGUCUCAGCUGGUUGGUCAAUGGGAUACCAUGUUGCAGCGUAACGGAGACAGGAUUAUAACAUUACACGAUCAGGUUGAUAAAUUGAAGACUGAUCAGAAGAAAUUGGAUAGUGAACUGGACCUUAUUGGCACUCAACAGAAAGACCUUGAGGAAAUACUCUCUCAAUUAGAAACUGGCCUCCAGCAACAGCAGACGCAACUAACUGAGUCACAACAUCCUGACAUUGAACGUAACAGAAUCUAUGAACUGGUGAAGAGGAUUGAUUCCCAGUUGAACAGUAUGGGACACGAUCUGAAAGAUGUUAUUGAGCAAAUGAACGCCGAGGGAAUGCAAGAAGAAGAUAGUGAAGUGUUUCAGAUUAUUAAGAUACUGAAUGCUCAUACUGACUCAUUAAACUGGGUUGACAGGAAUACAGCGAUAUUACAAGAGAAAAUGAGAUACAUUGCACAAUUGACUGAGCAGCAUCGAAUGGAGCAGGAGAGAUCAUUCCAUUUGGCUUUUGGGCAGUGAAGGAUAUAAAAAUUUGAACAAGUGUAAGAUGAACAUUGCACACCUACUGUACAUGACAUGCCUGCACCAGGAGUACUCAUAACUAUCUUAAGUAGUACAUCAAUUAAUGAUUGUUUUGAUUUUGAAACAUUAUUAUUAUUAUUAUUAUUAUUAUUAUUAUUAUUAGCAUUAUUAGUAUUAUUAUUUUAAAAAGAAUUCACUUUUACCUAUAAACUCUAUGUAAUGAGUAUUAUAAUUAAAUGAGAUCAGUUCCCUUAUAGAAAUACAUUUAUACAUUUUUAGCACUAAAAUUUGCACACUACAGUGCUUCUCAUCUUUGUAAUAGCUUCUUUUAGCUUUAAUUUUUAUUUUACAAAAAAAAAUAUAUAUAUAUAUAUAUAUACAAUGCCUAUAUAUCAAAAAAGUUAUUCUCAACUACAAACUCUAGAUCUAAGCCUAUUCUAUUCUAACUAUAUAUAUACUGCUAAUAACUGUUCAUUGUUCUUGUAAUUGCAUUCAGAUGCAAGCCCUUGGCAGCUCACAAACAAUGGUCACUUGAUAAUAUUUAGGAA